AACGGCCUGCCGGCUCCCUCGCUCUCUUAUUGUGCCAGAUCAGCGGGGCCUCGAGAUGAAUCAUUAAUGACCGGUUCCAACCGGCCUAAUGGCCUCUAAUGUUCCGUAAUGAUCUCCCGUCACCGCCAUGUGCGCGGCCUCUAAUGGAUCCAAUGCCGUGGAGAAUUCGCCGGUUUGAACUUCGGUAAAUCCUCCUCUUUUCGUCGAGCAGCGCACAACGAGGCAGCGCAAAAAGAGCCAUGAGCACGAGGCCCCCGGAGCUCCACGGACGCAGCAUGACUUUCCCUCUCCGCCGAUCGACCUCAGAGCCCCAGUUAAAGGGCAUUGUGACCAGGCUUUCCAGUCGCCAGGGCUUCCAGCUGCAGAUGCAGCCUGAUGGCACCAUUGAUGGAACCAAGGAUGAAGACAGCACCUACGCUGUGUUCAACCUGAUCCCAGUGGGGCUUCGUGUGGUGGCCAUCCAGGGCGUCCAGACCAAACUCUACUUGGCAAUGAAUAAUGAAGGCUUUCUAUAUACCUCCGAACAUUUUACCCCGGAGUGUAAGUUCAAGGAGUCGGUGUUUGAGAACUACUACGUCACCUACUCCUCCAUGCUGUACCGGCAACAGGCCUCAGGCCGGGCCUGGUACCUGGGACUCAACAAGGAGGGCGGAAUCAUGAAGGGGAACCACGUCAAGAAGAAUAAGGCCGCCGCACACUUCAUACCGAAACCGCUCAAAGUGGCCAUGUACAGGGAGCCCUCCCUCCAUGACCUGACAGAACUAUCACGGUCAGGCAGUGGAACGCCAACCAAGAGUCGCAGCGCUUCGGCCCUACUUAACGGUGGAGGGAAGACGCCCAGCAACAAUGACUUAUCCUAGCCCCCCACCCCUCUCUCUCACACACAC